GGAAUACGCUGGCCCCACCAGUCUUGUGACUUUAAAUGAUCAAAUGAUUAUUGCAUCACCCUCACCAAAAUGUUAUUGGCUGUAUAAGGCAGACCCCCUUGCAUCAUCACUCUGACGUGCCAAUCUCCACCUUUCCAACAACACUGAUCUCAGAACACUGCGUCAAUUAAAUGGGACUAUCACUCACGCUCUGGUCUUCCUUAAAAUAUAUCUGGUGGAUAGCUGUGAUUUAUCAUGCAGUGGGAGGUGUUUAUUUGCAUAUCCACUACUCAAGCCGAUGGAAGCCCUAUGGACAUAUUCAUUUCCUUUAAGCAUUAAAGUUUAACUGAGGUAGACCCCAAAGAACCCUGGCAACAGCGUUGGGAGGAGCAUAGUAACCUUAUCUGACCCUGCUGCUGCUCCAGCCCUGUUUUAAAAACCUGACAGGCAGAAUGACGUCCAGGCACCGAGAAGACAAUCUCUCUUGUCCCCUCUGUGGAAUUAUCUUCAACCAACCCGUUGUGCUCUCCUGCAGACACAGGUUCUGUAAAACAUGCCUUCAAGACAGUUGGAGUACCCAGGACAGUGAGGACGACUGCCACUUCUGCCCUCUAUGCUGGAGGCGUUCCUCCAUGAAUGAGAUUGUGGUAAACACCAUUCUGGAGAAGACCUGCGAGUCCUUCAGGAAGGAGAUGAGCAGCAGGAAUAACCCUAUGGGGUGUAAGGAACACGGAGAGACGCUCUCACUCUUCUGUCUGGACGAUCUGCAGCCCAUCUGUGUUGCGUGCCAGACGUCGGCGGUACACAAGGGGCACAGGCUCUACCCCAUUCGGGAAGGUGCACACGACUGUAAGGAGGAACUCAAGACCGCAUUGAGCCCAUUGAAGGAGAAGCUGCAGCUGUUCAAGAAGGCUAUGGUCGUCUGUGAUCAAACGGCAGAGCACAUCAAGAACCAGGUUGAGCAUACUGAAAGGCAGAUAAAGGAUGAGUUUGAAACCCUUCGCCAGUUCCUGAGAGAUGAGGAGGCAGCCAGAUUGAAUGCUCUGAAGGCAGAGGAGGAUCAGAAGAGUCUGCUUCUAAAGGAGAAGAUUGAGGAGAUGUCCAACGAACUGACGUCCCUCUCAAACACCAUCAGAACCGUAGAGCAAGAGAUGAGGUCUCAGGACAUCCCAUUCCUACAGAACUACAAGGAUAUCAUCAAGAGAACCUGGCAUAUGCCGCUGGAUCCAAAGAUGAUUCCUGGAACUCUGAUUGAUGUGGCAAAGCACCUGGGUUCUGUAAAGUUCAACAUCUGGGAUAAGAUGAAGAGCAUCAUUCAAUAUACUCCUGUGACUCUGGACCCCAACACAGCUGCUAGCUGCUUCAUCCUGUCUGAGGAUCUGACUGUGGUCCAGUGCUGCUCCCAGGUCUUCAAGCUCCCAAACAACCCCGAGAGGUUUGACAUCAGUGCUGAGUUACUGGGCUCUGAGGGGUUCUGCUCUGGCCGCCACAGCUGGGAGGUAGAGGUAAAGGCUAACACAUACUGGGUGGUAGGUGUGGCCAGCGAGUCCAUCAACAGGAAGGGCAAGCACGUGCUGACGCCAGCCGAGGGCUUCUGGACUAUACGCUUCCGCAACGGUGAGCACAAGGCGUGCACGGCACCGUGGGCGCCCUUGACCAUGAUGAGGAAGGAGCCGCAGGUCAUCAGGGUGGUGUUGGACAUGGACAGGGGCAAGGUGACCUUCUUUGACCCCCGGGAGAGGACGCCCCUCUAUACGUUUACAGACCUCAUCUCACCCCGGGUGUUUCCUUACUUCUGCACUGCCUGUAAGGAACACCCACUGAGACUGCUGCCCGUCAGGCUGUCUGCUGCUGUGGUGCUCUAGAGGGCUCCAUGGGGGUUCAUUACUAACAAGCAGUGGAGGCUCAAUUACUUACAGACAGAUCCAGUUGAGUUUACUACCUAGUCCUAGAUGAUGAAGGAUGAUCACUUGGGAAAGUCUGGAAUAAAGCAUGUAAUGGUCUUAUGAUUGUGAGUAUUGUGUGUCUA